GCGCUUCAACCAGCACGGACGGGUCGUAUAACGCGUAUCGGGUCGCAUAAUUGGUUUCACCGUUCCUGCCACACCGCAUCGUUGCAGCUGGCUUAUGCUUCUUCUCCGAGAGCUUCCAAUUGAUCCAAUUUCGCCGGACUAAUCAAACGAAAUUGUACAUGCCAAGUUGCGUUCGCUUUCGUUGACCGGAGUGAACCGUUGUGAGUUCGUGUGGCCUUCAAACUAAUACGUCGUUACAUUGUUGCAAAAAACGACACAAACCGUGCGUGCAAACCUCCCCUUCAUACACUCCUCCUGUUGAAAGUGAAACGUGAUCGUACUUCGAACUGAAUUGGCACUAUUCUGCCUUCCAUAGAGCAGCGAUCUACACACAUCCUUGAAACGCCACUUGUACCGGGUUUGCAAAUUUGUGUCAUUGUGUAGUUUGCGAACCUCCAUCCAUCCAUUCCUCUACGGUGCGAUAUUCAACCAGCAUGGCAACGAUGCAGUUUACACGCAACUUGUUGCAGCAGUGCAGCAGUCACAGCAAGGUAUAUCCCGUCUUCUAUAGUACUGCUACGGCCGGAAACCAAAGGCUACGGCAGGUCAUUCAACACCAGCUGGACGAUAUCCGCGAAGCUGGAACGUACAAAAGUGAGCGUAUCAUAACGACCCCGCAGGCAACUGUCAUCGGUGUGGCGGGAAGCAGUGGCAAGAUUCUUAACUUUUGUGCCAAUAACUACCUCGGCUUAUCGGCAAACAACGACGUUAUUAACUAUGGCAAGAAAGCACUCGAUGAGUACGGUGCCGGUUUGAGUUCGGUCCGUUUCAUCUGUGGCACGCAGGACAUUCACAAGCAGCUGGAGACUAAGUUGUCGACGUUUCAUCAGCGCGAAGACACGAUCCUUUACGCAUCCUGUUUCGAUGCAAAUGCGGGUAUCUUUGAGGCAGUACUGACGCCAGAAGACGCUGUCUUUUCGGACGAACUUAACCAUGCGUCCAUCAUCGACGGAAUUCGAUUGUGCAAGGCGAAGAAGGCCCGCUACUUGCACCGCAACAUGGCCGAUCUGGAAGAGAAGCUGCGUACGACGGACGCACGUAUCAAGAUGAUCGUGACGGACGGUGUGUUCUCGAUGGAUGGCAAUGUAGCUCCGUUGCCGGAGAUUUUCGAACUGGCCGACCGGUACGGUGCGGUGACUUUUGUGGACGAUUGUCAUGCGACCGGGUUCUUUGGUCGUACCGGACGCGGAACGGAGGAGUUCUACGGGAUGCUCGGUCGGUGCGAUAUCAUCAACUCCACGCUUGGGAAAGCGCUCGGUGGUGCUGCCGGUGGUUACACGACGGGUCCACGUGAGCUGAUCGAUCUGCUGCGUCAAAAGUCCCGACCGUAUUUGUUCUCCAACUCGCUACCACCGCCUGUUGUGGCCAGCGCAUCGAAAGUGAUUGACAUGCUGAUGGAAUCGAGCGAGCUGACGGCAAAGGUGCAGAGCAAUACGCGUCGCUUCCGGGAAGCAAUGACUAACGCGGGUUUUACUAUCUCCGGUAUGGACCAUCCGAUAAGCCCGGUGAUGCUGGGCGAUGCUCGACUAGCUUCGACAUUUGCGGAUGAGAUGCUGAAGCGUGGCAUUUACGUGAUAGGAUUUAGUUAUCCGGUCGUACCGAAGGGAAAGGCUCGUAUUCGAGUGCAACUUUCGGCAGCACACUCGGAGGAAGAAAUCGAUCGUGCGGUGGCAGCAUUUAUUGAAGUGGGCAAACAGCUUGGUGUCGUGUCGUAAAAGCGUGAAAGAGGCUCAUCGAUACACACACACAAAGUGAUUCGGCAAUUUGAAAUGUAAUAUGAUCGAUUUGUGUGUUGCAA